AAUAACUUCAUCAACUUGAGUUUCCUGAGACUGUUCAGGGCUGCCAGGCUCAUCAAACUGCUCCGGCAGGGAGAGACCAUCCGCAUCCUGCUCUGGACCUUUGUUCAAUCCUUCAAGGCGCUGCCGUAUGUGUGUCUGCUCAUCGGCAUGCUGUUCUUCAUCUAUGCCAUCAUCGGGAUGCAGCUGUUUGGGAACAUAGGGAUGGAGGAGGAGGAGGGGAGCGCCAUCAAUGAACACAACAACUUCAGGACUUUCUUCCAAGCUCUCAUGCUGCUCUUCAGGAGUGCCACGGGCGAGGCGUGGCAUGACAUCAUGCUGUCGUGUCUUGGAGGGAAGCUCUGUGAUCCUCUGGCAGGGAACACUGAACCAGAGUGUGGCAGCCAGUUUGCCUACCUCUACUUUGUGUCCUUCAUCUUCUUCUGCUCCUUCCUGAUGCUGAAUCUGUUCGUGGCUGUCAUCAUGGACAACUUUGAGUACCUGACCAGAGACUCCUCCAUCCUCGGCCCACAUCAUCUAGACGAGUAUGUCAGGAUAUGGGCUGAAUAUGACCAAGCAGCUUGCGGCCGCAUUCAUUAUAAGGAUAUGUACAGUUUAUUGCGAGUUAUCGACCCGCCUCUUGGCUUAGGAAAGAAAUGCCCCCAUAGAGUGGCCUGCAAGAGGCUGCUGCGGAUGGACCUCCCGGUCGCCGACGACAACUCAGUCCACUUCAACUCCACCCUGAUGGCCCUGAUCCGCACGGCGCUGGACAUCAAGAUCGCCAAGGGAGGUGUGGACAAACACCAGAUGGAUGCAGAGCUGAGGAAAGAGAUGAUGGCGAUUUGGCCCAAUCUCUCCCAGAAGACCCUGGACCUCUUAGUCACGCCACAUAAGUCAACAGACCUGACGGUGGGGAAGAUCUACGCUGCCAUGAUGAUCAUGGAGUACUACAGGCAGAGCAAGGCCAAGCGCUCUCAGGCGCGGCUAGAGGCGGAGCAGAAUCGAACGACAUUACUGUUUCAGCGCGUGGAGCCGCCCUCACCCAUCCAGGACGGGCCUCUCAGCCUCCCUCCUACCCAACCGGCAGACCCCGGAGGAUGGGUAGUGGCUCCACAGGGGGGGGUUCCAGAGAGCCAGUCGUGGGUGACAGUGCGGGCUCAGGAGAUGUCCCAGAGAGUAGGCAGCUGGAGUCCUGAGGGACAGCACUCUGAGGAUGGCCUGGACAGCAGGCAUAACUCGCAGACGGUAGAGAUGAGAGAGAUGGGGCGUGAUGGUUACUCGGAUACCGAGCACUUUCAGCCAAUGGAAGGCCACGGAAGGGCCGCUUCCAUGCCACGCCUUCCAGGCGACAACCAAACUAUAACAGAUAAUAGUCCUAUGAAGCGCUCGGCCUCCUCCCUUGGUCACAGUCGAUCUGGGAGGGGCCAGAGGGAAAGGGGAGGGGCCGAUGAUUAUGCAAUGGAGUAUGUGAUCCCUGAGGAGGGCGGAGCUCCGAGGCACAGCCACCGACGCCGCGACCGAAGCCACCGGGCCUCCGAGCGGUCACUGUGUCGAUAUACAGACGCAGAUGCAGGACUGGGCACAGACUUGAGCACCACCACUCAGUCAGGUGACCUGCCACCCAAGGAGAAGGAACGUGACCGCGACAGAGACCGCGGUCGGCAGAAAGACCGCAAACACCACCACCAUCACCACCACCAUCACAGCGGCUCUGUGGACAAGGAGCGCUACACACCAGACCACAGAGACCACGACCGGGAUAGGGAGCACGAUCGUCGCUGGUCACGGUCACCCAGCGAGGGCAGAGAGUGCAUGACACACAGACAGGGCAGUAGUUCGGUGAGCGAAAGUCCCGCUCCUUCUACCUCGGGGACCAGUACCCCGAGACGAGGCCGUCGGCAACUCCCUCAGACCCCGGCAACGCCCCGCCCACACGUCACCUACUCUCCUGUCGUCCGUAAAGCCAUGGCCACACCUCCCGGAGCCCAGCCCCUGGGGCGCAAUCCCGCCCCCGCCCCUCACCGCUUUUCCCCUGAGCCCCCCCAGGGACCUCCCCCGCCCCACCAUGGCUCACCCAACCAAGCCUGCCACCCUCCUCCCCGCUGGGGGGACGGGGGAGGAGGAGGAGGAGAGAGUGGGUCGCUGGAGGGCGACGGCUGCUUCUACAACCAGGACUACCAGGAUUACGACCGUGAGCACCACAAACCGCCUCCCUACGAGCAGAGCCCCACACAGGGCAACCCUCACAAGCCUCACCCCCUCAACCACCCUACUCUCCCCGUGCUAAACCAUCCCCCAACCCCACAGCAGCAGCACCCUAUCAACCCACACCCAAACAACCCCCACCCCAACAGCCCCAACUCCCGCACCUCGCCCAGGACUUCCCGCCACGCGCCCCCACCCAACACCACCCCCACCCCCCAAGGGCAGCAGCCUCCCCCCACUCGACGCCUCCCCAACGGGUACCGCGCCUCUUCCCCCUCCUCGCAACACCACCACGGCCCCACCCACCCCGGGCCCCAUAAGGUCCCCCCUCCCCAGCCUAGAGGGCCCCGCACGAAAGGCCUGCACGAACCCUACAACAACACGGAUGACAACAGGUGCUAG